AUGGACUUUCUAAUGAGUGCAUCGAUAUCGGAAUCCACCUCCACAUCCAGCGAUUUUUGUGUUGUGUGUGGUGACAAAGCGAUCGGAAAACACUAUGGAGCAGUGGCGUGUAACGGAUGCAAAGGAUUUUUUCGUCGUAGGUUAGUCAAGUACCCUCAGAGAUCAGAUCGGUCUCAUCCUGUUCCCCCGAAAAGCUUUGAACCCAACGAACCUCUCGUUUCUUUUUAGCGUUUGGCAAAACCUACAGUACACUUGCCGCUUCAACAAGCAGUGCAACAUUGAUAAAGAUCAUCGCAACGCGUGCCGGUACUGUCGUUUCCAAAAGUGCCUGGCCGAUGGAAUGAAGCCCGAAGCGAUUCAAAAUGAACGGGACCGUAUUGGCAGUACCAAGCGAAGAAAGCGGAGCGGAGCUAACUCAGAGAACAACUCGGAUUCGGAAGGCACUCCGAGCCCAAAGAUUGUGAGUGGAGAGACUUCCGAAUGCGGGAUGAGAUUGCAUGUUGUCGUUUUGCAGGAAGUGAUGGGAAAUUCUCUGUCACGCAAAUUGAUCGAGAUGCUUUUGGACAUUGAAAACCGUCUGGCCAGCAAUCAGAGUAUGAACGCGCUGCUCCGCGACGAGUCCGAGAUGAAGAACAGCCGACAGAGAGCCGUGAACUAUCUGAUUGGAUGGACCAAUAUGUUGCACCCACUUCCGGAAGUUCCGCUUGCCGAUAAAGUGAGUGAGAGAAGAAAGGGCGUGGUAUGGAAAUAGCAACAGCCAACCAUCUAUCAUCUUGUGGUGUAUAGGAGGAAAAGGGAUUGAAUUAAAAAAUGACGGUCAUGUACGUCACCGCUAGCGUUCUCUGUUUGUUGAUUGAACUUUGCCUCGAUUCCCAUGCGAUCCCUUACGCUGGCUGGCAUAUCGGAUAUGGAUCAAUGUAGAAUGUGCUAUUUCAUGAUACUAUAUGAAUAUUUGCAGGUCCUCCUCCUCAAAAAGUUUUCCUCUGCCUUCACUCUUCUGGGCACCAUGCAACGGAGCAUGGCUCUUCCACACUUUGUUCUCCCAAACGAUCAAGUGCUCAGCAUCUCGGCCUCUCACCCACCAGAGCUCUUUGAGGCACUCACCAGAAUCAUCGAUGAGCUGUUGACCCCUCUGCGACGGCUUCGCGCCGACCACGCCGAGUUCAGUUGCCUGAAAGCGUUGCUGCUGUUGAAUCCAGAUGUGGUCGGAAUUUCGAAUGUUACACGGGAAAAGAUCCGCGAGGCUCGUGACACUCUUCUCAAAGCACUCUUCUCGUACAUGAGCAAUACACACAACUCGAUUGAUGCAUCACUCCGUGUCUCCUCUCUUCUCAUGAUCAUCCCGUCUUUGAUCUCGGUCAGCGCCACAAUUAUGGAGUUUCCAACCCUCAGCGACCUCUUCGGCCUCGGCGAUGUCAUCAAGCGCGAGACCGUCAGUCCAAAGAUGUAAGAAUUCUCCUCAAAUAGUACCGUAACCCUCUUUAUUCAUUGUUCCGUUUUACAGCGAAUCACCGCCACUCGACUUGAAGUCUAUGGUACAGAACAUUCAACAGCCGCCCGUUACUUCCGCCUCAUCAAUCUCGCCAAACAUCAUCAUGAACAAAGAUUUGCUGGCUCAAAUCAUGAACAACCCGCAACUAUUUCCACUUUUGCCAAUGCCCGCCCCCACGACGUCUUCUCCACCAAUAAGCUUCAUGAGCGCCGCUUCGGUAAGAGCAAACGUUGAGAGAGUUUAGCAAUGUUAACUUGAUUUAGUCUUUCAGGAGUUCGGAUCUAACUUUCAAUCAAUGCCAAUCAAAGUGAUUCUCUCCUAA